AUGCAGAAGGAUCGCGGACCUUAAGGCCAGCACUCAGUUAUGUAGUCGGACUCUGUCUCGAAGGAAAGAUAUAUCCUUAAGUAAACUGGUGCUUAGUUCGAGAGAUAUCAUCAGCUGCGGAUCCUUCAUCUUGAAGUCCGGGAGGGCCUUCCGUGUAGGCAAAAAACUGGGUUUAGGAACCCGCGGGACAGUGCGUUCAGGAGAGCAGUGAGCUGUCAGGCGGAGGUGCAAAGCUGUGGCCGGUGACAUCAUGACAAGCGAGGUGAUUGGAGAUGAGAAACAGUUUUAUUCCAAGGCCAAGACCUACUGGAAGCAGAUCCCGCCCACGGUGGACGGCAUGCUUGGGGGGUAUGGCCACAUCUCCAACAUCGACCUCAACAGCUCCCGGAAGUUUCUGCAGAGGUUUUUAAGGGAAGGACCAAACAAGACGGGGACUUCCUGUGCCCUAGACUGUGGCGCUGGCAUCGGAAGGAUCACCAAGCGCCUGCUCCUGCCGCUCUUCAGAGUGGUGGACAUGGUGGACGUGACAGAGGACUUUCUGGCCAAAGCCAAGACCUACCUGGGGGAAGAGGGCAAGAGGGUGAGGAACUACUUCUGCUCUGGGCUGCAGGACUUUAGCCCAGAGCCCAACUCCUAUGAUGUGAUCUGGAUCCAGUGGGUCAUAGGCCACCUGACAGAUCAGCACCUGGCUGAGUUUCUGCGCCGCUGCAAGCGGGGCCUGCGCCCCAACGGCAUCAUCGUCAUCAAAGACAACAUGGCCCAGGAGGGUGUGAUCCUGGACGACGUGGACAGCAGUGUGUGCCGUGACCUCGAGGUGGUCCGCCGCAUCAUCCGUAGUGCGGGCCUCAGCCUCCUGGCUGAGGAGCGCCAGGAGAACCUGCCUGAUGAAAUCUACCACGUCUACAGCUUUGCCCUGAGAUGAGGCCAGGACCAGAGCUCGGGGCCAGCAGCUGGUGGGCCACUAGACACCUGCCAUCCACCUUUGACUCCAGUGGGGAGGGAAAAGCCCUGGGAAGGUGUGCUGUGGACUGGGGUGGUAUACCCGUCACUCCAAAGCACCCGGGCAUAUGGAAAGCUGAGUUGUCACCCGUAGGACUGGCUGCCAAGACUUGAAGUGUGUAAACUGUUGACCCAGGACAGCCAGGAGAGUCACACGCAGUGCCUGCCGGAUGGUACCACUUACAGGAUUGGUCCUAGUCCCAAUCCUCUGGUGACAGUGCCUGGAGUAAGGGGAGGUUUUCUCGCCUCUUCAGCUCCUCCCUGACAGGUAUUUGUGGUCAAUAAAAGGGUGAACCCUGUUCUCAAAUGC